AUGUCUCUAGGACCUUUCCCCUAUCCGCCCAUGACGGACGAGGAGCGGGAGGAAAAGAUAAAAGAGACCAAGUUCCUCUUUCCUGGUUCAGCAAUGCUGAUCAAGGUCGUAACCGACCAACAGCGGAACCACGUUCCAUGGCUCAUCAACUACAUCCGCGAACGAGAGCUCCCGCCCAUAAAACAAACCCUCGACGAAUGCUACGCGCUGCUUGCCCCCGUAUUGCCAGGAACUACUCUUGUCCUCAGUACACGUCGUAACGAGCUUGUUAAGGGCACCGUGACACGAGUCGGCACCCGCAUUGUCAAGGCCAACGUCCACCUCCACCUCCAAACCCAGCACCCCCAAACCAUAACCCUCAACUCCGAAAUCCACAUCUCCCAACUCGACACCCUAAGCCGCCAAAUCGACGACGCCAUCCGCGCCAUCUCCGUAACCCUCACCCUGCCCCCCGACCCCCAAUUCAUAAAAGCCCAGCUCCGCGCCCUCUCCCAGCUCGUCUCCGACUCCGCAGCCAUCCUCAAGGGUCCCCCCCGCGAAAUCCCCGACACGGCAUGGACGACGCGGUCCUGCGCCCCGGAACACUUUGACCCGGACCCGGGGAGCCAGAUGAGCUGGUACUUUGGGCUUCAGGACUCUUUCAUCGUCCUGUGGAUUCGCAUACUUGAGCCUGUUAACGCACCCGUGCAUCUGGGUACGAAAUUGGGCCUUGCUAUCGGUACGGUUAAGCGCUUGGAACACGACGAGACGGGCCUUAUUUACGAUUACGUCUAUAAUCGCAAGGAUGCCGACGGGAGGACGCCGAAGCCAAAUCUACCCCCGAGGUCACCUACCGAUCCCGUGCCCCCCGAGGUCGUGCGCCCGGCUGCGUCUCCUUCUUCAGAUCCGUCGAGUUCGGCCUCCUCCAGCGGCCAGCCCUACGAGGUCAUCGUGCCGGGCGAGUAUACCCCCGUCUACGUCCGCGAAAAGGUCCGGGUCGAGACGGCGGAUCCUAGGCUGAUGUCGCUCUCUGCCAAGCUCCUCUCGGUGAAGGCGACCCUCGCGCGAAUCGAGUCGAACCUCGAAGUAGUGCUUGCCAAUCUACCCAAAGAGUGA